CUUGGCUGGCUCAUCCAUACUCGGAGGUUCAGUCAGUAAGGAGAGGGACGGAGCUGUCUGCGGCACCACGAUUAGACGCUCACGCUGUCACAACGAUAAGCUGCUGUUGAUGGGAAAAUUCCCCCACCGUGUCCCAGUGUGACCUGGGAGACAAAGGCGAGGAGGGACAAAACACUCUACGCACUGCAGAGCAGACACAGACAUCAGUAGAACAAGCCUGACUCUCCUCCACCAGUCACACAAGGAGAAUGUUCUAAUGCCUCCCAUCAAAAAGAGAGCUGGCCCAAGCAAGCUCCUGAAGGAUGAAGACUUGCAGCGAGUGGUGAACUUCAUCAACAACUACGCAGAGGAUAAUGCAAUAGUAUUUCCAGGACUACACCCAGGACACAAACACUUUGGUGGAACGCUGCUGCCAUCCCAUGUGACAAAAGCAGCAAGGAAUCAUUACAAGGAAUCGAUGACAACACUUGGAGGACCAUGCACAAGCUCCAUCAGUCUGGACCUUCACUUCAUGAUCACAUGCCACACCAAGUUUUCCCCCGACUGGUGCUUUGGCCUCAUAAAGCUGCGCCUCAGAAAGACCAGAAUGAACACUUUGUCUGAGAUCGCUGGUGUUGUCAAGAACAGCACUGUGACAGGGGUCAACAUCCCACAGCUGGUUGGACUGGUGCUGGAGGAAAGCUAUGGCUGGCAACAACACCUGACUCCGUACUUCAGGCUGCUGCCACAGUUCAAGCAGUACCAGCACUUCAGCUUCAAUACUCUGGAAACUGAUGGUGUUGUAGCAAAGGAGUGUUUGGACUCAGUCGGGACCAGGUUUCAGCUGCUGUGCAACCCUGACAUCCUCCCUCCCAUAUAUGGUCUGCCUGUACAAGCACCACCUGGACUGGACACAGCUAGACAAACUUGUGUUUUUGAGAAGUUCAGGGAGUUUUGUGACAAAGAGGCUAUGGACAUCACAUGCCCUGCACCAAAGUCAUAGGCAGGACAAAAACAGGCUCUCUGAAUAUAGAUUCCCUUGUUCAUGUGUGGUUCAGAUGGACCAGACAUCAGCCCCAUCUGCAGUGCCUCUAUCCAAAUGAUUCUCUCCUAACACACACACCUGUCACGUUCUGACCUUAGUUCUUUUGUUAUGUCUUUGUUUUAGUAUGGUCAGGGCGUGAGUUGGGUUGGUUGUCUAUGUUAGUUUUUCUAUGAUUUGAUUGUGUUUCGUGGGUGAUUAUUUUCUGUUUAGUGUGUUGCACCUGACGGAGCUGUUUCGUUUGUUCUCUUUUGUUACUUUGUAUUUAGUGUUCAGUUCAGUUUAUUAAAAGGAUGAACACCUUACCCCGCUGCGCAUUGGUCUGACAUGUCUUACUCCUCGUCAGAGGAGGACGAAGACAAACGUUACAACACCAUAUGUUGCUGCUACUAUUUAAAAUAAAAUGCAUCCUG